CUCGGUCUCUGACAUCGAGCAAAUCAAACUCCUUAUCUCGAGUUAUUUAGUGGUAGCAAAUACUUGAGUAUUUCAUGGAGUAACAGCCAAUCAAUAAGUUCCAAGAACGAUUACAUCAAGAUGAACCGAUGGUGGGUGGCAACAUGACGUGAAGCUGCUUGCUCGACAGACCCAGGUACAGCUCCUCCUACAAAUAGUAUACUGAACCUAGCAAGCGUGAACUCAACAAUAUCCCCUACUGAAUGAUCCAGUGAUUUAUACAGCAAUAAAUUGCAACCUCACGCCUAAUUUCCUUUGUGAUCCCGCACCAGCUACUAUAUAUCACUCCCGACCCGAAACGUCACCAACCUACACCAACAACACCCCCAACCCCAAAACAAACCAACCCCCACAAGAGUAAGAGAAAACACUACAGAAUGACCGAAACAAGCCCCAUCUACAACCUCAUAGCCGCCAUGGACGCCGAAGACGACGCCACCGCCUACAACACCACCGCCGCCCCGGACGACGACGACGCCACAACCGACUACGGCGCCCGCGCCGUCCGCAGCGCCGCCAUGCCAGCAGACGAGGCCGACGAGCACCGCCUCGCGGACCAUGUCUCCGUCCAGGACUCCGCGCCGAGGGAGGAUCCAAUGGUGUCGCGUCGCCGGCGGCUGGAGACGUCGACGGCCGGGGGCGGGUAUCAGUUGCGGGAGGUGGAGGAGCGGGCGGAUGGGUCGAGGCGCGUGCAUCGCGAGUACGAGGAUCCGGCCACGGGGGUGACUUAUGUACGGGAUUUGGAUGGGUGA